AUGGCUUCUUCCGAAGGGUGUUUGUCGUGUUCGAAAAGUUGGGGCAAAGGAUCUUCUCGGUCGUCCCAUGGUUGUGGUGUGUUGGAAAAUCUUAUUCGUCUGAGGUUAGACAAGUGCAAACAGCUCCAAAGGCUUCCAGACUCCAUUGGAAAUUUGAAAUCUUUGCGAUGGCUAAUGAUGAAGGAAACAACACUUACACGAUUACCAGAUAGCUUUGGAAUGCUCAGAAACCUGGUAGAACUAGACAUGAAAAGAAUGCCCUAUCUUAAUGGGGCUGGAAACAACAUGUCUACAGGGACAAUUAUUCCUGAAAUACGAGAACAACCUAGUUCAGAGGCAAUAUUAACUUCUUUUUGCAAUUUAAGCUUGCUGGAAAAGCUAAAUGCUCAUGGAUGGGGAAUAUAUGGAAAAAUUCCAGAUGAGUUUGAAAAGCUAUCAUCACUACAAACUUUAAGUUUAGGUCACAACAAUAUUUGCAGUCUUCCAGCCAGCAUGACGGGUCUCUCCUGUCUCAAAAAUCUUUUGUUGUCAGAUUGCAGGGAGCUCAUGUUUCUGCCUCCUCUUCCCUCUAGCCUAGAAGAGCUAAAUCUGGAAAACUGUUUUGCAGUGCAGUACAUACAUGAUAUUUCAAACUUGGAGCGAUUAGAGGAGUUCAACCUUACAAAUUGUGAAAAGGUGGUGGAUGUCCCAGGUCUUGAACAUUUGAAGUCCUUAAGAAGGUUGUACAUGAGUGGUUGCAUUGGAUGCUCCCUUGCCGUAAAGAGAAGAUUUUCCAAGGUUCUACUUAAGAAAUUAGAGAUUUUGAUUAUGCCUGGAAGCAGGGUCCCGGAUUGGCUUACAACAGAACCAAUAGUGUUUUCCAAGAGAAGAAAUAGGGAGCUCAAAGGUGUUGUUAACCAAACUAAUAUACACACGUUUACCCUCACACAACCACGUAUUAACCUCACACAGCCACGUAUUAAUCUCACACAGCCACGUAUUAACCUCACACAGCCACAUAUUAACCUUCCCCAGACACGUUGCAAACUUCAGUACACCAUGUCAGCUGGCCCGUUAAAAAAUUAA